AUGCGACCAUGCGGAUCCAGGCACCUCCAAAGCAGCGCAGGCGCUCUGCAUCCCCGGUCACAUUUGUGCGAUCUCUUGCAAAAGGAGGGCAGUCGGCGUUCGGAAAAGGAUGGGAAGGAGUACGACCUGGCUGACAAGAACCAGCUGGCGGCCUUCCUCGAAGAUGCGGACAUCCAGCUGGGUGGCCCGGGCACACGGAGAAUCUCCAAGGACGCUCUCCGCAUCAUCGUCAGGAACCUCAAAGGCGACCGUUUCACCGUAGAGAUGCUCCAGGACAUCUUGCAAGAGCUUGUCCCCGAUCGCGAGGGCCUACUGAACUGUGAAGACGUGGCACGCUGCCUCCGCCGACCGCAUCCAGCUUCGGAGCCCCAAGAGCCCAAGCGCUACGACCUGGCUCAGAAGCAGGGGCUGGCGGACUUCCUGAAAGAUGCGGACAUCCGGCUUGUGCGAGCCGACUUCAUUCUGAAGCUGCACCGGGAAGGACAGCGUCUCCCGCGGCGCCAGGAAGCGGAGUCCGCCUACGUGGACUGCCGCACGGCACUUGUGACACACGAGGAGGUCCAAGUCUGGGCCGAUGGCAAGGCGCCUGACGGCACUCAGGUUUCCAAACUAGCCGAGGCUCUUAAGGGAGAGGAGUGGGUGUUCAUCGACUACGUAUCUCUGCAUCAGUUCCAGCGACUCUUCCAGCAGCAGAACCUCAGCUUCCG